UUUUCUUGUUCGUUGUUUCAUAAUAUUGCUCUUAUAUGGACCCUAUCGCAAUUGUUGACUUACUAGCUAGCAGCGUCCCCGGACGCAGAGAUUAGCUCCAUCUCACCCUUCGCUUUCGGACUUUUCUUGCUUUGUGUCCCUAAUCAUUCACUUUUGACGCCCUCUAGCGAUGCCGCAGACGCUAACUCUACCUCCCGCUGUUAUCUUUGAGCCUGACGAUGUAUCUGAACCUGGUUCAGUAUUAACCAGUCAACGAUUUCCCCACACCCGUGCCCAAUUAUUAGCUAUAAUCCGUCAGCAGAAGGGCGGUGCAGACGGCAUUGAUGGAGAUGGAGACGUAGAGGAAUCAAUCCGCAUCAGCACCUCUUUUGUGACCAAAGUAGCAGGAUUUCUUGCUAAUGAGCAAGAGGAUGAACUUAAAGAAUCAUUGAAGACUACUUGUGGAGUAGAAGACGACAUGCUCGAACAACAUGUCUUAGAUUUGAUGCAUAGACACCAUGACGAUGUAGCAGGCGUGCCUUUCCUUUUCUUGACUCCAACAAGACGGCCAUCUCGACCCUCUUCUCGCGCUUCCACCCACUCUGCUGCUCGGUUCAUCCCCAACAGACCAGAUACCCCCACCUCAGUACCCAACUCUCCUCUUGCUAUCGGUUUUCGUAGGCCACAUACACCUGCUGGUUCCCCUCUUGUAACUGGAAACGCAACCUCAUACAUGACUGCACGUAGUGUUUCACCAAUGAACUCACCAACACUCGCGCAUGCACAGGCACAAGUACAUCCUCAGUUCACUUCGAGCCUUCCAUCAUCGCCAAUAUCCUCUCCUCGACUUUUGAGUGCAAAAGCAACCGAGUUCAAGCCCAUUCCCCGGCCCCUAUCUGCAGCUGCAGCUUCUUCCGCCUCCGGAACCCUUUCUGGAUAUAGAACCGAGACACCAUCUCCUGACCCGUGGUCCCAUAGUCAGCUCAGAGCAACUUCUAACCUUGCCAUCGCCGCGCCGUUGGUACCGGGCGAUACUUUACAGCCCCGGGCUGUAACUCCAAGCUCCCUCCGCUCGUCUCUUAGGCCAGGGGAGGACGACGAAGAGGACGACCCAUUCGAUCCCUUCGCACCCAACACAGCAUCCAACUCCUUCCAUCCAAUUACAAUCACUGACUUUGACCAGUGGAUGGAUAGUGCCUCAAUCUCACCCGAUGAUCCACUUACACAAAGUUACUACCAGCAUGCCUAUGAUUAUGACCCACAGUUCGAUGGAACAGUCGAUGACGCAGAGGGGACAGGGUACUUGACAGAUGGAAUGACACCUCUUGAUGUCCUUAGCUCGGUGUUCGGAUCCACCCUUGCGCCAUCCGAGCUUGAAGAUGCACUUUCUCAGAACGGCUAUGAUUUUGACCGUGCUAUGGCAUGGCUUCACAGCCAACCUCGUAUGCGGUCCAUGGGAGGACGAGUGACAUUAGUGGCUAGGGAUAGUAGCGCAGGGGUAGUACAUGGGGGACGCGGAGACUUCCAAGCCGCCCGAGGUUCUACCAGAGGCAACGGACGACCCGUUUCCGGCGGAAAUAGGGUUUGCCGCUAUUACCUUGCGGGCGAAUGCUUGCGAGCCGAUUGCCGCUUCAGUCACGAUCUAGAGAGAGCGCUCUGCCGGUUCUGGUUGCGUGGGACCUGUGCCAAACAGGAUCAAUGUGAAUUUUUGCAUCACCUUCCCAAAGACGUUGAUGUAGCCAGUGUGACUGGUGCAUUGUCACGGACUAGUCUCAGCAACUCUAGUACCCGCACUACAAGCCCUCCACCUGAUGAGUUUCCAGCUUUAGGACCUGAUACUUCUCGUAAUCGGAGAGGUUACGGCGCCCGUGAUGGCCAUUGGCAACACGAUCCCGGUCGCACGAGAUUCGCAGCAGCCGUAAAGAGACCAGCUCCUACUCCAGUGCAGGUGGACCGCACAACGGCCACUCGCUCGUCAAUCUCAUCGAAUGCAUCUGUGGAUAACUUGCACAUCCGCACCUCGAUUGUGGCGCCAAAGCCAUCGCCUCGCAUCAAGUUACGUCCCCCGGCGCUAUUGCCCACGCUACCCACUGGGGAAUCAAUCAAUGCUUUAUAUAUGUCUUAUCGAUCUCGAGCACUGCAACUGGGUGCUGCUCGGAAUGCACGCGGCGAUGGUGCCGCAGCCAAACGAUUUAGCAGGGAGGGUCACGAUCUCAAUGCUAAAAUGGGCCAUGAGAUGACGACAGCAGCUAGUAAACUUGUCAGGGAACGUGCAAAAGUUGCCGAACAAGCUGUGAAGAGCCGAGAUCUUGGCUGGUCUGAUGAUGCCGGAGAUCGAACUGCGCGUGGCCGAACCUGUGGAGGAGGUUUGGGAGUAUGUCUAGGCGUAGCCAGCACCACCACAGGCGGUGAUUCGAAAUUAACGUCAGAAGAGAGAACCGAAUGUAUGCUUGAUCUUCACGGUUUACAUUCGAACGAGGCAACAGACGUUCUCGAAGAAUUUUUGCUUGCUCUCGAGCGGGAACAUUUCCUUGGUCUCGCUUUCCUUAUUGUUGGAGAAGAAAAGCACACAGGAACGCAGGACACAGCACGUGGUGCCUCGCGGGCUCGGCUCGCUUCGGGCGUGCGAGAAUGGCUUCAUCGGUGGGGUUAUCCUUGGAGCGAGCGCGAUGGCAUCAUAUGUGUAGAUGCUCUUACCCACGGUUGAGGACGCCGUUGGUGCAAUGUCCACACUACCGGAGGCAGGAGAAUGACUCUUUGGUUAAGACUGGUAUUUGCUUUGAAAUGGAAUACUGUGAAGGAUAAUGUGUUAUUAAGCAGAUCUAUUCAUGAAGGUUGUAUGAUUGUACAAACAGGGGCAAAAAAUGUGAUUUUAUCUUUUCCCAUCUUAUGUCGUGUUAUACCGUUCCAUCGGACACUUACUACUUGAAAUUGCCUGAACUCCCUAACGAUGUGCUUUGCGGUGCCUGUGCGGAUAGUUUAUACUUAUCCUUCAUUUUUAAUUGAUCGAGUCUAG